UUAGUUAUUCCUCACCUCACCCGACACUCCUCAGCACCACCCGCGAAAAAGCAAAGCUUUUCGAAUGUCCAUGAAAGCCGGUGAAGGUGAAACCAAAAGAAUUGGAGAAAGACACAAUACAUUACCCCUCCAAAGCAGCAGCAGCAGAUGAUCAGAUCAUGGAACCGAUCGAAGCGGCGAACGGGCUGUCCUUCCGGGUCGGGUUCUCAGGCCACAGCGGCCAUCUCCGCCUCGAGCCUCUCUCCACCGUUGAGCGCGCGAACCCCGUGAACUCCGUCCCCGAUUUCAUCCUCCCUCCUGCAUUCAUCGAGGAAACUCAAGAAUCAAUUAAGGCAUACAUAGAGGAGAAAUAUCUUCGGCCGAAUUUGGAUGCUGAGGAGUUCUCUCCCGAGAAAGCUGGAAGAGAUUGGGAGUUCGACUGGUUUGACAAGGCGAAAGUACCCCUAGAACCGUCAUUGCCGCGAUCUGUUGUGGUACCAGUGUGGGAGUUACCAUUUAGACGUCAAGCAAAGCUUUCAGGGUCACAAAUAUGGGAACCCGACUCACUGGAGGUCGAUAUCUCCAAGUUAACCUCAGGGGUUCAAGAUUCUGGUUCAUUGCCCCGCAUUACUGGGCCUCCAAAAGAUUUUAUGAGGGGAAGCAUCAGCAAUCGGCCUUUCCGUCCUGGUGGUUUGGAUGAUUCACAAUCCUUUGAAAGAACUCUUCCUGAUGGAGCAUUAAAUGGUGAAUGGGCACGUGAACUUCUGAAUGGGGGUUCUGCUCAAUCUGUUCCUCCUAGCUUUAAGCAAGGCUUGCACCUUGGAGACCUCAAGGCGCAUCCAUGUUCAUGGACUGUGUAUAAGGAGCAAGGUUCAGCCAAGAGAUUACCAGAUGAAAGAGAAAAGAUGGUCGAGCUUUCUGUACAGUUUGAUGACUUGUUCAAGAAAGCUUGGGAAGAUGAUACAACUGCAGAUUAUGAGGAAGAGGCUCAUUUGUCAGAUCACGAGCCUACUGUACCAGAAGCAGAAACAGAUGAGAUUGAUGCACAAGGCCAGAUGCGUUCACUUGGAGUGCCCUUGUUGGAUGAAAUAUUGUCCGAUGAAUUAGGAGGAACAGCAGUUAAAUCAGGGGAAAAGAACCCUAACGAUGGACGUCAGCAGGAGGGGCAGGUGUGGGCUAUCACUGCAGAGGAUGGGAUUGCAGAUCACUUUCAUGAACUUGUCCCCGACAUGGCACUUGAAUUUCCCUUUGAAUUGGAUAAAUUCCAAAAGGAGGCUAUCUACUGUCUUGAAAGAGGUGAUUCAGUCUUUGUUUCAGCUCAUACAUCAGCUGGAAAGACAGUUGUUGCUGAAUAUGCAUUUGCUUUGGCUUCAAAGCAUUGCACGCGAGCAAUAUAUACAGCUCCUAUCAAGACCAUCAGCAAUCAAAAGUACAGGGAUUUCUGUGGGAAAUUUGAUGUUGGCCUUCUUACUGGUGAUAUUAGCUUGAGGCCAGAGGCUUCAUGUCUUAUUAUGACCACCGAAAUUUUAAGGUCAAUGCUUUAUCGAGGGGCUGAUAUCAUUCGUGAUAUUGAAUGGGUUAUAUUCGAUGAAGUACACUAUGUUAAUGAUGCUGAAAGAGGUGUUGUUUGGGAAGAAGUAAUCAUCAUGCUCCCAAGACAUGUCAAUAUCAUUCUCCUUUCUGCCACGGUACCUAACACAAUGGAAUUUGCUGAUUGGAUUGGCCGGACAAAGCAGAAAAAAAUUCGUGUCACAGGGACUACUAAAAGACCAGUACCACUGGAACACUGCUUGUUUUACUCUGGAGAACUUUACAGAAUAUGCGAAAGUGAAAUUUUCAUCCAACAGGGAUUGAGAGCUGCAAGAGAUGCAUUCAAGAAGAAGAAUGCUCCUCCAGGUGGGGCUGGUAAUGGGCCAAAGGCUGGCCCUUCACCAGUUCGUGGUGGAGGUCAAGGAGAGAAGUGUGAAAAUUUCAGUCGCGGAAAGCUAAAUAAGCAUUCUGGUGCCCAUAAUUUGGGUAAAAGCUCUGGGAAUGGCGCAGGAAAUCAGGGCAAUGGUAAUGGCGAUAACAACUGGGGUUUGAGAAGAUCAGAAGCAUCUUUGUGGCUGCAGCUUAUUAACAAGUUAUCUAAGAAGUCCCUAUUGCCAGUGGUGGUGUUUUGCUUCUCCAAGAAUCGAUGUGACAGAUCAGCCGAUAGUUUAACUGGGACUGAUCUCACAAGCUCUUCUGAGAAAAGUGAGAUACGUGUUUUCUGCGACAAAGCAUUUUCACGGUUGAAGGGAUCUGACCGGAAUUUGCCACAGAUUGUUAGAAUCCAAAGCCUUCUUCGGAGGGGGAUCGGUGUACACCAUGCAGGUCUGCUCCCAAUUGUUAAGGAAGUUAUUGAAAUGCUUUUCUGCCGAGGUGUUAUUAAGGUGUUGUUUUCUACAGAGACAUUUGCUAUGGGGGUUAAUGCCCCAGCAAGAACAGUUGUAUUUGACUCGCUGAGGAAGUUUGACGGGAAAGAUUUUAGAGAAUUACUCCCUGGAGAAUACACUCAAAUGGCUGGACGUGCUGGGAGAAGGGGCCUCGACAAAUUUGGUACAGUUAUCGUGAUGUGCCGUGAUGAAAUCCCAGAAGAAAGUAAUUUGAGGCAUGUCAUUGUUGGUAGUGCGACUAAGCUAGAAUCUCAAUUUCGGCUGACCUAUAUUAUGAUCCUUCAUCUCCUUCGUGUUGAAGAACUGAAGGUAGAGGAUAUGUUGAAAAGAAGUUUUGCUGAAUUUCAUGCUCAGAAGGGUUUGUCUGAAACUCACACACUCCUAAAGACGAUGCUUGAUCAGCCUACAAAAUCAAUAGAAUGUAUAAAAGGUGAACCAGCAAUCAAAGAAUACUAUGAGAUGCAUGAGGAAGCUGAGCGUCUCAACAAUGACAUAGCAGACUCGGUCAUGCAGUCCCCUGUUGCCGCGCACUUCCUUACUCCUGGAAGAGUUGUAGUUGUGAAAUGCCAGUCUGGCCAGGACCAUUUUCUUGGAGUUGUCAUUGAAGCAGAGGCUGGAAAAAGGCAAUAUAUUGUCUUAACGCUAAGACCUGACUUAGCACCAACAGUACAAAGUUCUCCUGGCAGCGGCAACCUACAGGAUGUAAAGGUUUCUGAAUUCCAACAAGGUUCUUUCCUGCUACCAAAGUCAAAACGUCGUAUAGAGGAAGAAUAUGAUUCUGCUUUUACUUCUCGAAAACGAUCUGGUGCCAUUAGAAUACAAUUGCCCCAUCACGGUGCUGCUUCUGGGAUGAGUUAUGAGGUUAGAAGAGUUGAGACCAGGGAAUUUCUGUUCAUGUGCUCUAAAAGGAUUCAGGUUAAUCAAGUUGGACUUCUUGAAGACGAUAGCGCUGCUGCUUACUCCAAGACUGUUCAACAGCUUUUGGAUUUGAAGUCUGGCAGAAGUAAAUAUCCACCAGCUCUGGAUCCAGUGAAAGAUUUGAAGUUGAAAGAUGUUGAAUUGGUGAAUAAAUAUCGCCAACGGGACACGCUGUUGCGGAAGAUGACAGAGAAUAAGUGUCAUGGAUGUAUAAAAUUAGCGGAGCACAUGAAGUUAGCAGAGGAGAUAAGGAAGCACAAGGAAAAGGUUGCUGAACUCAAAUUUCAAAUGUCAGAUGAAGCCCUGCAGCAGAUGCCAGAGUUUCAGGGCCGGGUGGAAGUCCUGAAGAAGAUUGGGUGCAUAGAUGCUGAUCUUGUCGUUCAGCUAAAAGGUCGUGUUGCUUGUGAGAUGAACUCAGGGGAAGAGUUGAUAUGCACAGAGUGUUUGUUUGAUAAUCAACUCGACUGCUUGGAACCAGAAGAAGCAGUAGCUUUAAUGUCCGCUUUCGUGUUUCAACAAAGGAAUACUUCUGAACCAACCCUUACGCCAAAGCUAUUGGAGGCUAGACAAAGGUUACACGAAACAGCAAUAAGACUCGGCCAGCUUCAAGUUGAGCUCGGGCUACCAAUAAGCCCUGAGGAGUAUGCUCAGGAGAACCUCAAGUUUGGUCUGGUCGAAGUUGUUUACGAAUGGGCAAAGGGCACUCCAUUUGCCGACAUAUGCAAGCUCACAGACGUCCCCGAAGGCCUUAUAGUACGAACUAUCGUCAGGCUCGACGAGACAUGUCGUGAAUUUAAGAAUGCUGCCUCUAUUAUGGGAAAUUCUGCACUACACAAGAAGAUGGAAGCUGCUUCGAAUGCAAUAAAGCGAGAUAUCGUGUUUGCUGCUAGCUUGUAUAUCACAGGAGUUUAACAAUCAUGGUCUGUUUUUGGUUUCUUUUCUCUAUUUGUCAUAUAUUUGGAUUAAUUAGAACCAUUAUAUUGAGGUAACAAUGGUAAAUUUUUAUUAAAAUAUCUACGUACCUGCUAACUCCUUUAUCACU